GCGCCUCGUGGAGGCUCCAACUAAAAUGGCGCUGGUUGAUCGUGGCGUUGUUCGGAAGGCUGCAGGAUGAUCGUUUCUCCGUGUUUGGACACCGGAUCGGCACCUAAAUUACUAAGCCGCUCUUCAUCAUGGCCUCAAAAGAGUCGAAAACAGUCAGCAACCUUUCGCCGGAGUCCAUGAAGGUUAUUGCCGAAUCAAUCGGAAUUUCGAAUUUACCCGACGAAGCAGCCAAAGAGCUUGCCGACGAGAUCACAUACCGUCUCAAAGUUAUAGCUCAGGAUGCCAGCAAAUUUAUGGGACACGCGAAGCGAAGAAAACUGUCCACGUUCGAUUUCGACAACGCGCUCAAGAUGAAAAACGUCGAGCCACUCUACGGUUUCCAUUGUCCAGACUAUGUGCCUUUCAGAUAUGCCAGUGGUGGCGGCCGAGAGCUCUUCUUUGUUGAAGAAAAAGAGUUGGAGCUAAAUGAAGUCAUUAACUCUCAGUUGCCUAAGCUCCCACUGGAUGUUUCCAUAAAAGCUCAUUGGCUGAGUAUAGAAGGAAUCCAGCCUACAGUACCCGAGAACCCACCACCUGUUUCCAAGGACCUGCAACGUGUGGAGAGCAUUGACCCAGUCACCAAGCUGAGUAAGGUAGUGGUUCCUGGCUCCAAGGUACCCGGCCUUCCCAGCAAGCAAGAACGCACCAAGCAUGUCGAAACUGUCCGCGUCAAGCAGCUCGCCACGCACGAGCUGUCUGUGGAGCAACAACUUUACUAUAAGGAAAUUACAGAAGCCUGUGUUGGAUCUGAUGACUCGCGGAGAGCGGUGAGUGUCAGACAGGAAGCGCUGCAGAGCUUGGCUUCAGAUCCAGGUCUCCACCAGAUGCUGCCACGGUUAUGCACUUUCAUCUCGGAAGGGGUGAAGGUGAAUGUCGUGCAGAACAAUCUGGCAUUCCUCAUUUACCUUAUUCGAAUGGUCAAGGCACUGCUGGACAACCAGACUUUGUACCUCGAGAAAUAUUUGCAUGAGCUGAUACCCUCGGUGGCGACAUGUAUUGUGAGUCGGCAACUGUGCACCAGGCCUGACGUGGACAACCAUUGGGCACUGCGAGACUUUGCAUCCCGUCUGAUGGCCCAAAUCUGCAAGAACUUCAAUACAAGUACCAACAACGUGCAGACCCGCGUGACACGCAUGUUCAGCCGUGCACUGCAGAACGACAAGAUGCCACUUGCAUCUCACUACGGGGCUGUCUCGGGGUUGGCUGAGCUCGGGCCCGAGGUGGUGCGGUCCUUCGUGCUGCCACGAGUGCGGGCCUUGGGUGAAAAACUGCGCCAGGGUCUCGAGGAGCCCGGUGUCUCGCCCGUGGACAAGAAGGCAGCUGAGCACAUCAAGCAGCUGCUUCUGAGGGUGCUGGCGCCGGUGUUGAAAGCAACGCGGACGCCACCUGACAAUGCGGACGAGUACCGGGCAGAGUACGGCUACCUGGGGCACCUUCUGCAUGCCCAGGUGGUUAGGGCUCGCAUGCAGCCCACCACCACGGCAUCGGUAGCACGCACCACUCUUACAGUUACGCAGCCGUCUCGUCUCCUUCAAGCUGCGCCACGUGCAUCUUCACUAGUUCCCACUCCUCGGGUUCCCACAGCAUCGCUGCCGGGAGCGCCGCAGAAGUAUGUCAUCGUCACGUCCAACCCUCCACGUUUGGCCGCACCGGCAAGCCCACUCGCCAAUGCUGCCACGAGUGUUGUCAACAACAGUAACAGUAGCACCAGCACCGUCGCCUCGACGCCGACGCUGGUGAAGAUUGUGACGGCAGCACCAACACCCCAAGGCAACACAAUCCAAACCAAGACCGUCACCUCAUCUGCCUCACUGACCAAAGUGGUUGUGGUCACCAUGGCUCAGCCAUCCAAUGUUGCAGUCAAGGGGAUAUUCUCAACGGCAACGUCAUCUGCCGCGCAGUUGCAUCACCCGGUGACUACCGUGGCUGCCACAACGUCGGACUCUGCGGCCACUGCAACCAUUCAGGUGGCAGAAGUCAAGGAAGAACCCGAGGAAAUAAUGGACCCAUCAUGAGACAUGGGAAAGGUGCGCGUGGUGGACGACAGUGCUCUCUGUACACUAGUGCCCUCCAGGGAUGUGUUGUGGCAAACUGUUUUUUUUUUUUUUUUUAUCAUUUUCAAAACAUUGUGUACAUAGGAGCUUGAGCAUGAUGCCACUUCUGCCGACCAUGCCCUGUCAGUGAUUCAAUUUAAUUUCUCACUGUCAUCCUCCCCUCUGUGCUGCUUCCUUAUUUUCAUAAUGACACCAGAAUUGACGUGUACAGUGAGCUCUUUGUUUCAAAGAAAACAUGAGGUGUGCAGGCCAUCUCGGCUUCAUAGGGAGGAGGAGGUGUAAAAGGGCAAUGUGCAUCAGAAGGAGCGUUAUACAUGUAUAUAAAGCUUCGUGAAAGGCAUGUAGGAAAGCUUAUUGCUUGUUUUGGAUACUUAUUUUAUUUUACUUCUUUUUGUUGAUAAAUGUUCUUCUUUUGGAUUUGUAGUUUACUUUGCCAAGCUGGAAUUGUACAAAAUAUGGAUGCUCUUGGUGGGCUAAGAUUGCCUCUUGCAAAUCACAGCUGGAAAAAAAAAUUAUGUGGGGGUGGCGGUAGGGUUGGCUAGGAAAGCAGCAAGAAGUUGAUUUUUCAUUGCAAUAUGAAGUGUUCUGCCUGUGCAAACUGCACACUUCCUAAUAUCUGAGAGAAUGUUCGAAUGCCAGCAGGUUACUGUUGAGUUCCCUUUAUCUGUUCAUCGUACUAUGUAGAUAAAAGAACGGGCUGUAAUGCGUCGGCCAACUUUUUGUUCAUAUUGCUUGUAUGUUUGUUGUGACCACUGAUAGCCAUCUUGUUGGGCAUCCUCUUUGUAACUUUUCGGAUAGGUUGAUUGUGUUCUGAUGACAGGAAUUGAAAGCUGUUGAAAAUUCCAUUUUGAAUCAUUGCUAUGGCUGGUUGUCAUUGCCAUCUGAUAUGCACAGUCACUGCAGCAGUCAGUGUUAAUGUCCACAGGACUCAAUUGCCAAAGAGCCAACAGCACUUGUCAUCAACUCAGUUGCUGCACCGCUUUGAAUGUUUUCGUGUUAAAGACGCAGGUGUUCAUCUUUUGCCUUACACCCUUUACCUAUCUCAUUUUGUGUAAAUGUUGUGUCUGGAAAUUAUUUCGGGGAGCUUUUUUUACAUCACUGCAUAAAGUAUGGACGCUACCUUUUUCAUCAAGACGGCAUGAAACACUUCAUAAAUGUUUGUAUCUUGCCAUUGUAAAAAAAGAACACUGUUUACAUCAGACUUUCGGCAUCACUUGGCGCGCCACGUUAUAAAUACGUUUGAUAAUGA